AUGCUAUAUCAUACCACUUGGCUCAUUACGAAGUUGGAUCCUAUUAAAUAUAUCUUCGAGAAACCAUCCUUAUUAGGUAGAGUGGCAAGAUGGCAACUGUUGUUGUCUAAAUAUGAUAUUGUAUAUGUGUCCCAAAAAGCUAUCAAAGGAAGUGCAAUCGCAGAUUUUCUAGCGGAAAGGGUGGAGGAGGAUUAUGAACCAAUGGAUUUUGAGUUCCCAAAUGAGAACCUGAUGUCGAUUUGUCAAACAAAUGAGGAAGAAUCAGAGGAGCAAGAGAAUUGGAAGAUGUUUUUCGAUGGAGCUUCGAAUGCCUUGGGGCAUGGCAUAGGAGCCGUGUUAGUGUCACCAGAAGAAGAUCAUUUUCACGUCAUAGCUAAACUCAACUUCUAUUGCACCAAUAAUAUGGCUGAAUAUGAAGCUUGUGUCAUGGGUCUUCAUGCAGCAAUCGAGAGGAAAAUUCACGUUUUGGAAGUGUAUGGAGAUUCUGCUUUGGUCAUUUAUCAGUUGCGAGGAGAAUGGGAGACACGUGACUUGAAGUUAAUCCGGUAUCAUAAUUAUGUUUCAAAGCUGAUUGAAAAUUUUGGUAAGAUUCGCUUCACCCAUUUGCCCCAAGAGGAGAACCAAAUGGCUGAUGCAUUAGCCACGCUGGCAGCAAUGUUCAAAGUUGGUACCGAUGUCAAGAUCCAACCCAUUAUGAUUAAUCUUUUAGAGUGCCCCGCACACUGCUCCAGUGUAGAGGAAGAAGUAGACGGGAAAUCGUGGUACCAUGAUAUUGUGCAUUAUCUCAAGUUUCAACAGUAUAUGGAACAAAGCUCAGAAAAUGAUAAGAAAACCAUUAGAAGGUUGGCAAUGAAUUUCUUCUUGGAUGGGGACAUCUUAUACAAGAGAAGUAGGGAUCAAGUGCUUUUAAGAUGUGUGGAUUUAGCCGAAGCUCGGAGAAUAGUUGAGGAAGUUCACGAAGGAAUUUGUGGGGCACAUAUAAAUAGGCAUAUGUUAGCAAGACAAGUCAUGAGAGCAGGGUAUUACUGGCUCACGUUGGAAAUGGAUUGUAUAGAUUUCGCUCGAAAGUGUCAUAAGUGUCAGAUAUACGCAGACAGAAUCCAUACUCUUGGAAAUUCACUGCAUGUAUUGACAUCACCAUGGCCAUUCUCAAUGUAG